CAGCCAGACGGACAAAUGCCCAGUGACAAGACCAUCGGAGGUGCAGAUGACUCGAGCAACACCUUCUUCAGUGAGACUGGAGCUGGAAAACACGUCCCCAGAGCGGUGUUUGUUGACCUGGAGCCGACUGUCAUCAAUGAGGUGCGCACUGGGACCUACCGCCAGCUGUUCCACCCUGAGCAGCUGAUAACUGGGAAGGAGGAUGCUGCCAACAACUACGCCCGUGGACACUACACCAUCGGCAAAGAGAUUAUUGACCUGGUGAUGGACAGGAUCCGUAAACUGGCUGACCAGUGCACUGGUCUGCAGGGCUUCCUGGUUUUCCACAGCUUUGGAGGGGGCACUGGUUCUGGCUUCACCUCUCUGCUAAUGGAACGUCUCUCUGUCGACUAUGGGAAGAAGUCCAAGCUAGAGUUUGCAAUCUACCCAGCUCCCCAGGUGUCUACGGCUGUGGUGGAGCCCUACAACGCCAUCCUGACCACCCACACCACCCUGGAACACUCAGACUGUGCCUUCAUGGUAGAUAAUGAGGCUAUCUAUGACAUCUGCCGCAGGAACCUCGAUAUCGAGCGUCCCACUUACAUAAAUCUGAACAGGUUGAUCAGUCAGAUUGUGUCCUCCAUCACUGCUUCCCUCCGCUUCGAUGGUGCCCUCAAUGUUGAUCUGACGGAGUUCCAGACCAACCUGGUGCCAUAUCCCCGUAUCCACUUCCCUAUGGCCACCUAUGCCCCUGUCAUAUCUGCUGAGAAGGCGUACCAUGAGCAAUUAACAGUGGCUGAGAUCACAAACGCCUGCUUUGAGCCGGCCAAUCAAAUGGUGAAAUGUGACCCUCGUCAUGGAAAGUACAUGGCCUGCUGCCUUUUGUAUCGUGGUGAUGUGGUGCCCAAAGAUGUCAACUCAGCCAUCGCCACCAUCAAGACCAAGCGCACCAUCCAGUUUGUGGACUGGUGUCCCACUGGUUUCAAGGUUGGCAUCAACUACCAGCCCCCCACUGUGGUUCCUGGUGGAGACCUGGCCAAGGUCCAGAGGGCUGUGUGCAUGCUGAGCAACACCACUGCUAUUGCAGAGGCCUGGGCUCGGCUCGACCACAAGUUUGAUCUGAUGUACGCCAAGCGUGCCUUUGUUCACUGGUACGUGGGUGAGGGUAUGGAGGAGGGAGAGUUCUCUGAGGCCAGAGAGGACAUGGCAGCACUCGAGAAAGAUUACGAGGAGGUGGGACUUGACUCCACGGAGGGAGACGAGGAGGGAGAAGAAUACUAA